AUGGAAGACGUUUCAGAGUGGGGGAUACCGAACGGAAGAGAGAACUGCUGUUGCGACUGCGACCCGUCGUCCAGUUCCGAGGUCUGCGAAGUAGCUGGCUCCGAUCUGGACUUGGUGGACGAAUCGAAACCGGUGGUGUUGGAAACCGACUCGGUGGCAUUUCUUCUCAGCUCCUCGGCACUAGGCACAGAGAAGUCGUUGUCGUCGAAAUUGUCCAACGACGCGGUUGGAACUUCUUCAUCUUGUGCUGGCUCCUUGGCCUGUUCCUUCUCAGACUCCUCAGACUUGUGUCCGCCAUGGGUAGCAGCGAGCAGAGCAGCAGCUCCGCCGCCCAGCACAGCGGCUCCAGAGGCAAGAGCAGUGCUAAAGUUCAGGUUCUUCUCUGCAAACUGGGCGCUAUAG